ACUGCUCAACCCCCAAUAACGACUGGCCAACCAUCAGUUGUGACAACAGGCCAACCAUCUGAAGUUACUACAGGUAUAACAACAGGUCAACCAUCAGUUGUAACAACAGGCCAACCAUCUGGUGUAACUACCAGUCAGCCUACAGUUACAACAGGUCAACCAUCAUUUGUAACAACAGGUCAACCAUCAGUUGUUACUACAGCUUUACCAACAGGUAUAACAACAAGUCAACCAUCAGUUGUUACUACAGCUCAACCAUCAAUAACUACUGGCCAACCAUCAAUUGUGACAACCAGCCAACAGUCUGAAGCUACUACAGCUGAACCUGCAGGUGUAACAACAGGUCAACCAUCAGCUGUAACCACAGGCCAACCAUCAGUUAUUACUACGGCUCAACCUACAGUUACAGCAGGUCAACCAUCAGUUGUAACUACUACUCAACCACCAACUACUGGCCAGCCAUCAGUUGUAACAACAGGUCCACCAUCUGUAAUUACUACAGCUCAUCCAACAGGUAUAACAACAAAAGGCCAAACAUCAGUUGUAACUACUGCUCAACCACCAAUAACUACUGGCCAACCAUCA